AUUCACUAGAAAAAUACUCGUAAGUUUUUUUUUUUGUAUUGUAUAUAACAUAUAUAUAUAUAUAUGUAUAUAAAGUAAGAGAGAGGCAGGAAAAAAAAAAGAAAGGAUUAAAUUGUUAUACCUGUAUAGGAAAAAGGAAUUUCAAGAUGUACGUAAGAUGCGACAUUUAUCAUUUCGAUCAGCUGCAGCCACAAUAUCUGGUAAGAAGAAAGAAUUAAUGGCAAAGGAGGAAGCAAAGUAUCAACUUGCUUUCGAAAAUGAACAACGCUCGAGAAGAGAAUUAGAAGAGCUCCAUGCCAAUUAUGAUUCUGCUGUUGCUAAAGAAGCGGAACUUAUUUCACAAAAGAGCCAUUUUAAAGACGCAAGACAUCAAUAUGAAUCAUUAUUAAAACAGAUUUUUCAAUAUGAAGACCCUAAUUUUCCUAUGGAAUCUCAGUUAAAAGCAGAAUUAACGAAUUAUAUUGAACAAAGACGUCUAGCCAAAAGAGAUAGGGAUCGUUUUGUAAACGCUGAGCGAGCACUUUCAACGACAUUAGUAGAUACGAAGAAAGUAAUACGUUUAUUAGAUACAGUGAUUAACUAUGUACCGUUUGAGAUAUUUGGUGGCCCUAUUAUUGACGAAGAACAAGUUGCUUACUUGGAAGCUUCUAAAAGAAGAAUUUGGGAAAUUCAACGUUUAUUAAAUUCAGUACGCACUACAUUACCAGAGAUACCAUAUCCACAAACACUUGAUGUCGUUACUAAUAAUACAUUAUUAUCUAUGCAAUUUAAUACAAACUAUAUUGAUAUAGCAUGGAAAGCGAAAAGUUCACAAUGUUUUGGAAUUUUAGCAACUGCUUAUCGAAAUAUACAAAAUUCAUUAACUUGGGUUAAACAAUACAAAGAAUAUGCAGUUGGAGCGAUAAGUCGAUUAGAAACAGCAGUGAAUGUAACAAAAAAAUCGUUAGAAGCAGAACGAAAAAGAAUUAUGGAUACUGUAUUAGAAGGAUAUGUGGAUCCAUCUGCAUCUUCAAGUACUGCUGCUGCACCGCAUAAUUUAUUUGAUACUCCAAAUAAUGACUUACCUCCUCCUGUUUACGAGGCCCCACCUUCUAUGAAUACUCGAGAAAAUAGUCAACGUCAAGAGCAACAUUCAUUACCCAUUAUUCCUGAUAAUUUAACACCUAUAUCACGUUUAUCUGAAGUGUCAAUCAAUACUAUGGAUGACGCCAAUGGCUUAUUGUCUACCACUAGUAUAUCAGCUAAUAAUAAUAAUAAUAAUAUAACCGCACCGCCUCAGCCGAUAACACCUGUAAUUAAUAGUGACAAUGUACUUGCUAAUAAUAAUAAUAAUAACACUCCUACAUAUAUAUCACAUAAUGUAAAUAAUCCAUUUGUUCAAUAAAUUAAUAAUUACGCUAAGCUUAGAGUAUUAUGAAUACUGUA